AUGGCAGAGACGGAUUUAUCGUUUGGAAGGUCAUUACUGAGUUUGCGUCGGGACCAGGUCCACUUGAUGGACCCAACAGCCAUCCCCGAGCCUAUGAGCAUGGAGGUGGAGUUAGAUUCUUUUCAACCAGUUGCUGAGAAAUUUAUUGACCUCAAUGCCUCGGCAAAUGACAAUGAACUCCUCUCACUUAUAUGGAUAGGAAAACUUGUGGAUUCUUUUCUUUGUUGCCAAGAAGAAUUUCGAGUUAUUAUAUUCAAUCACAAGUCUCAGCUUCUCAAACAGCCGAUGGACCGUUUGAUAGAAGAUUAUUUUGAGAGGAGCAUCAAGGGUCUUGAUGUAUGCAAUGCUAUACGCGAUGGGAUCGAGAAAAUUCGACAGUGGCUAAAAUUGAUUGAAAUCAUAAUGUCCGCUUUGGACAUGGACCAAAGACAACAUCUUGGAGAAGGAGAAAUCCACCGUGCAAAGAAAGCUUUGGUUGAUUUGGCUAUUGCAAUGUUAGGCGAAAAAGACUCUUCCAACAACUUGGCCCACCGCCAUCGUUCUUUUACACGCAAUAAGGACAACAAUCAACAGAUUGGCUAUUUCAGGUCACUUUCAUGGAGUGUUUCUCGGUCGUGGUCAGCAACGAGGCAAUUACAAGGGAUUGGAAAUAACUUCGCAACACCUCGAGCCAGCGAUGUCUUGGCAACUAAUGGACUAGCUCUCACGGUUUACACAAUGACGUCAAUAUUGCUAUUUGUUAUGUGGGUUCUUGUCGCGGCUAUACCUUGCCAAGACCGUGGUUUACAAGUUAAUUUUUAUUUUCCUAGGCAUUUUCAAUGGGCAGUACCAGUCAUGUCCCUGCACGAUAAAAUCAUGGAGGAAUCAAAGAAAAGAGACCAAAAAAAUGCUUGUGGACUUCUUAGAGAGAUUGAUCAAAUUGAGAGAAGUUCCAGGAUGUUAAGUGAAUUGAUUGAUUCUGAAAAUUUGUUAUUAAUAGAUGAGAAAGGGUUAGAGAUGAAGGAAAGAAUGAAAGAGUUGAUGCAUGUAGUUGAAGAUGUGAAAGAGGGUUUGAAACCAUUUGAAAGGAAAGUGAGAGAUAUUUUCCACCGGAUUGUUCGUAGCCGCACUGAAGUUCUUGAUUCGCUUGGAAAAGUACAUAUUCGAGAAUAG